AGAAAUAGCAAGAAUUUCCUUCCCAAUCAUGUCAGUUAAUGAUGAUAUGCCAAGAGACUCUCACAAAGCCUCCUUCUCCUUCCUUAACCACCUUGCGAGGCUUCAGUUGAGCCGCUAUGACUCCAGGAAACGCCAGGAUAGGAACACUUUUAUACAGUACCUGAAGAACCAGAAUGUCCAUGGUCUUGUAGCAGGGGAAGGCCUAGGAUCUAGCGCUGGUUGUGAUAUCUCAAGUCCUUCAUCUUCAACAAUAGUCCAAGUAUCUGCAAGAGAUAUGAUACGUUUCGCGUUCAAGAUUGGAAUCCGUAGUUUGUCCAGAUGGAAAAGUAACAGUGAAAAUGAACCACAAGGAGACUGUAUCAAUCUUCUCCCAAACUUUAACUUUAGGGAACUUCAAAUCCCAUUGACAGCCCUCAGUGCAGAACAUGGUUAUGCCUUAACGUUUUAGAUUAAAAUGCUGUGCUCCAGGGUCCUCAUCCCAAAGGAAUAUCUAUUUGUAUUCAGCAACAAUGUCUGAAUGCAAGAAACGUUCGCCAAACCACCUAUGACUUCAUAUGACAAUGUUUAGUCAUAUUGCGAUACACUAACAUGUGGCGUACCAUUCGAAAAAGAAAAAAAAAAAAGGCAUUACAGACCAUUUUUUUUUUUUUUAUUUACUGCAGACAAUGUAUGGCUUUGUUGCUCCAGUCCAAAUCACUCCAUUCAUCCACAGCACCAUCGUCAUGAAAAAGCGUCACAACAAAAUCACUAGAAGGAA